AUGGAGAAGAUUUAUCUGGCCCUUCAGAAGGGCGAUUUCAGCGUGGUGGUUGAUAUUCUGACGGAUCUCGUGACCUUGUUUGAUAAGAGAACCUUAAGUUUGGAUGCCUUGGAUCUGGAUCAUGUCCAGGAUCUCGGAAGGUACCUUGGUUUCCACAGCCAGAACACAAUUGUCCAGGAAGGUCAGGUCCAGCAAGAGCUUUGUUUCCAGAAUGGCCAAAUUAGCGAGGGGGAAUAA